CGUCCGUCCAUCCGUCCGUCCCUCCUGGGGCCGGCGCUGACCAUGCCCAGCGGCUGCCGCUGCCUGCAUCUCGUGUGCCUGUUGUGCAUCUUAGGGGCACCCGUUCAGCCUGCCCGAGCUGAUGACUGCAGCGCCUCCUGUGACCUAGCCCAUGGCUGCUGUGCGCCUGACGGCUCCUGCAGGUGUGACCCAGGCUGGGAGGGGCUGCACUGUGAGCGCUGUGUAAGGAUGCCUGGCUGUCAGCAUGGUACCUGCCACCAGCCCUGGCAGUGCAUCUGUCACAGUGGCUGGGCGGGCAAGUUCUGUGACAAAGAUGAGCACAUCUGUACCACGCAGUCCCCCUGCCGGAACGGAGGCCAGUGCGUAUAUGACGGGGGCGGCGAGUACCACUGUGUGUGCCCACUAGGCUUCCAUGGGCGUGACUGUGAGCACAAAGCUGGACCAUGUGAGCAAGCAGGCUCCCCGUGCCGGAAUGGCGGGCAGUGCCAGGACGACAAUGGCUAUGCCCUCAACUUCACGUGCCGCUGCUUGGCGGGCUUUGUGGGUGCCCGCUGUGAGGUGAAUGUGGACGACUGUCUGAUGCGGCCCUGUGCGAACGGCGCCACCUGCCUGGACGGCAUAAACCGCUUUUCCUGCCUCUGCCCUGAGGGCUUUGCUGGACGCUUCUGCACCAUCAACCUGGAUGACUGUGCCAGCCGCCCCUGCCAGAGAGGGGCCCGCUGUCGGGACCGUGUCCAUGACUUUGACUGUCUCUGCCCCAGUGGCUAUGGCGGCAAGACUUGUGAGCUAGUGUUACCUGUCCCGGACCCCACCACUACAGCAGACAGCCCCCUGGGGCCCACCUCGGCUGUGGUGGUACCUGCCACAGGGCCUGUCCCCCACAGCGUGGGGGCUGGUCUGCUGCGCAUCUCAGUGAAAGAGGUGGUACGGAGGCAGGAGGUUGGGCUAGGUGAGUCUAGCCUGGUGGCCGUGGUGGUGUUUGGAGCCCUCACUGCUGCCCUAGUCCUGUCCACAGUGUUGCUGACCCUGAGGGCCUGGCGCCGGGGUAUCUGCCCCCCUGGACCCUGUUGCUAUCCACCCCCACACUAUGCCCCAGCCCGCCAGGACCAGGAGUGUCAGGUCAGCAUGCUGCCAGCAGGGCUCCCCCUGCCGCCUGACCUGUCUCCUGAGCCUGGAAAGACCACAGCACUGUGAUGGGAGGUGAGGCUUUCCGGCGCCCUCCUUCACCUCCUCCACCCCUCAGACUGGAGUGGUCCUUUCUUGCCACCCCUCAGCUAGGGUACACACACUGAGGGACCUCAGCCUCACAUCAGAAAUAUUAUUUUUUUAAUACAAGAAUGUAAGAUGGGAAUUUUAUCAAAUAAAACUAUGAAAGUACAA